ACGGUGUUUAAAAAAAAGCUAUAUAAACCCAUGAUAUGGGGUUCAGUUACCUACAGCUGCAGAUUUAGAUUUUGUUACUUCUGGAGAAGUUUGUAGUCUGAAAUCAUGUCUAGAGUUGUGCUGAUGGCGUGUUUGGCUCUUGUAGUCAUGUGGUCGGUGUCUUGCUCAGCCGGGCCGGUACCUGUGGAUUCGAACCCAGAGGAGAAUUGUGAGAAUGUCGUCUGCCCUGAAGUGCCAUGUACCGAGCCAGUCCAGGAGGAAGGUGCUUGCUGCAAAACCUGCCCAGCCGGCUGUAACAUAUUUGACGCCUUUAUCCCCGUUGGAGAGAGACACUACUUCGAAGACGGCAUGUACUGCGACUGUGAGUCAGAAGAUGCAUUCAGCUGUGUGUUAUAGGCGGUCUUCAAUAAACCGAUUCAAUAAUGAUGCAAUAAACCAAUGUUAAAGCAAA